AUGACCCAUCUCGAUUCAAGUACUUUGGCUACAUACAAUUCUUUGGCUGAUCCUCAUUUACAAUGCUAUUUUAGUAAUGAACGUAUACGAUCUCAUUUACAACAUGCUGGAUUAAUUAGCCGCCGAGGUGAAAUCGUACCUGAUGGUGAAUAUCGAUUAAAAUUAGCUCGACGUGACCAUAAAAAACAUGUUCGACAAAUGCUUGCUGAAAAUAUUGUUCAUCGAGCAAUCGAUAUGGAACGAGCACGACAAGCCGAAUUGAGACGUCAAUUAGAUAUGGUGUCGAAAGUAGCGCUCGUGCACAGUAUCAAAGAAUCUAGACGACGAGGUGCAUAUCCAAUUGGAAAUACUCAAAACUCUACUGAUAUGGGUUUACUGUCAAUGGAUUCAUCAUGGUCACAAACACGACCUAAAAGUGCCAGCCAUCAUCGAGAGAUUGAAACAAUGAAUGAAGAAUUCGGUGAAGUACGUCGUGUUGCUCGUGUUCAAUCGGCUCAUGUCAAUGGAGAUCAUCAUACAAAAUAUUCUUCAAAAAGUCUUGAUCGUCGUCAUCGUCAAAAUUUCAAUCAACCAAAACCAUCUUCUAUGCAACGAUCAUUACCAUUACAACGUUCUCGUUUAUUAACAAAACCAUCAGAUUCUUCACCAUCAAAUCCGCCAUGUCGAAUAACAAUGACUUAUUUUGGUCCACACACAAAACUUGAUUAUGAUCAUUCAAUAUUCGAACCAAUUGAUGAAAUUAUUGUUAUGCAACAACAUUGUGGAGGAGAAAAUUUAAUUGUUUACAAAGAUAAUCUUAAACCUGGAGAUGAAUUUUCAUUUAAUUCUCGUCGGCAUUCAAAUUAUCCAUUUGGUUUAUCGUUGUAUGUUAAAGGAUUAAUAGAUAGUCGAAUAUCGACAUGUUGUGAAUAUAAGCAUCGUCAUGGUGUUAAGUUAGGUGGAGAACGUGGUCAUUUUGCUAUUUUAUCUGUUGAAGGAUCGAAACCUUGUAUCAAAUGUCGAUUCGAAAAACAAACUCGAUUGAAACGAUAUGGUGAUUCACCAAAAGACGCAACAGAUGAUGAAAAGAAAAAGCCGAUCACAAUUUCAAUACCAGUUUCUGAUGAAACAAAAACGAGACAAACACCCGCUAUAAUACCCGUUAGACAAGUGCCCAAUUCGAAUGAAAAUUAUGCCGAAGAUUUUGUUGGAUCUGAUGAUACAGAAACAUCAAAACAUGAUAAUUCAUCGGAAUCGAAUGACAAUAAAUUAAAAAUUGGAAGAACAGUUGUAGAUACUCGUCUAACAACAGUUCCAUUGAAAACUCCAACAGAAACUAGUUCAAUAUCAACAACAACAUCGCACGAUAAAUCUUUAACAAAAACUUGGCAAAUAAUAUUUCAUACAGCAAAUAUUCCAAGCAGCAGUUUUCAAUUACCACAAAACUCGUCUAUUGGCGCCACUUUAAAAUUUUCAUUCAUUUCAAUAGGUGGAGAAGAUGAAACUGAGCAAUAUGAAAUUGAAAUGAAAGAUUUUCCUCAGCAUUUCAAGUCAGGUCAACACGAUUCUUUUCGAACUAAACUUCGAAAUAUUGGAACACCGCAAAAAAUUCGAUUAAUACUUGAAAUAACAGGAAAUGAUGAUGAUGACAAUGAUGAUAUUAAAUGGCAACUUGAUCAUAUUGAACUUAUUGAUCCAAAAACUCAAUCACAUUAUGAGUUUCCUUGUCAUCAAUGGAUUCGACCAUCCCAAGAAAAAGUUUUUCAUCUUAUGAAAUCGGAAUCAUCUCAAGAUGAAAUUCUUCGAAGAACUUCAAAAAGUACUAUCGACUCGAAAAAUGCAUCUUCGUCUACUGCUUCCAAAAAGUCUUCCCCAAAGCCAACAAAAACUGAACCAAAAAAGAAAACUUCUCGUUCAUCAUCAUCAUCAUUACCCUCAUCGUAUGAAUCUCCAAAACGAUUUGAACAAUUUAAAAACUCAGUUGUUAAUCCAAAACGUCAAGUUGCAACAGACAGUGAAUCAACUAAUGAAAAAAAUCAAAAGCGUUAUCGUAUUAGUAUUUAUCCGUCAAAAAGUGAAGACGGCGAAUUUAAUGCUUCAAAUGAUAGCCAAAUUUUCAUACGUUUAAAUAAUCAAAAGAAAAAUUCAUUAAUAUUAAAUAAAAACAAGAAAGAUUGUCCUUCAUUUGAACCAGGUGAAAAUAAAUCAUUUGAAGUUGAUUUAAUACAAAGUUCAAAUGAACAACCAACAAAACUAACUAUUGGAUAUUAUAAUUCAGAUAUUGCUGCAGGAAAAUGGAAACUUGAUAAGAUUGUUUUAGCCAAUAUAGAAACAGGUCAAGAAACAAUUUUCCUCUGUCCUGAUUCUCUCGCAAGAAAUGAUUUUGAUUUACGAGCUGAGCAAACUUUUCAAGCUCAAUCAAGCCAAGCCAAUUACGAUAAUGACGAUGAUCAACAUAGUACACCUCGAAGCGUCACCGAAGCCAAACGUGCGUCACUAGAAUGUGAAAGUGAAGAAAGUAUUCAACAAAAAGAAGUUCAAUUAACAACAAGUAAGAGAAAUCCAUCCUCAUCAUCGGAAUCACUACAAAAAGGAGUCAAAACUAAAAAUAAUGAAAAACCUUUAUCAACACAUUCACCGACGAAUCUAAAUGAUGAUAGUGACGAAGAUGAAGACGAUAAUGAAUACAACAGAAUGUUUAAACAAAAGAGUUCAAAAAAUCAAGCUGAGUCUGAUUCGUCACCAUCUCGGCCUAAAACUCGACGAGGUCUUCAAAACAACUCUAAAAAAGAUAAUGAACAAGACAAUACAAACGAUACAUCCGAAGCAAAGCCUGAGAUAUGGAGAUCAUCAAGUGAACUUGAUAGAAAAGAACCCGUUGAUCCUCUUAUUGGUUUAGAUGAUCUUCAAGACCAAACAUCAAGGUCAAAUGAUCCAAAAACUCAGAGCUCUCUUCCAUCAACGAAUAAUACUCACACGGAAAAUCAAUUUAAAAAUUGGUAUCAUGGAGAUAAUGAUGACGAUAGUUCAAAUUAA